CCGCUUCAAUGGUCGAUCGAUUAUAAGAGCCACUUUUGCGGAGUAAAUUCAUUGCAAGAGGGUUUCCGUCGUCUUCGUCAACAUCAUAGAUUCAGUACAGCCCACGAGUCCUCCAGCUGUUCAGUCUUCCAUAUCCUGUCAUCACAACAAGGCAUGCCAAUGAAAGCCGUCGUCUCGCAUCGAUUCCUGCCCAGGCGUCUUCUGAGUUUCGCUCUCGGUAGUCCCCUCGGGCAGGGCGCGCAAGUCUACGAUGUUCCGAUCCCAAGCAUCACCGAUAACGAGGUCUUGGUCAAGGUCCAUGCGGUCGCGCUGAAUCCGGUCGACUUCAAACACAUCGAUUUCAUUUCCCCGCGCAAUUCGGCCAUUGGCUGCGACUACGCAGGCGAGGUUUCUCGCGUCGGCAAAAAUGCAGCACAGCGCUGGAAGGUUGGAGACCGAAUCGCUGGCUUUGUCCACGGUGGCGCCUAUCCCGACGUCGGCUCCUUCGCCGAGUACCUGAAAGUCGAUGGCGACUUUCCCUGGAAGGUGCCUGACGAAAUCACCCUAGGUGAAGCCGCCAGCUACGGAGUUCCCGCCGCCACCGCGAUGCUGAGUCUUUCGUAUCUUAACAUUGGCUGGGCGGAUAUUGAGAACGGACGAAGCAGCGCUCAAGGCGACCAACCGACCAUUCUCAUCUAUUCAGGAGCCUCGAACGUCGGCUUGUUCGCUAUCCAACUGGCCAAGCGGGCAGGAUACAAGGUUGUGGCAACGGCAUCGCCACGUUCCUUCGACCUCGCAAAGCGUUACGGAGCCGAUGCAGUAUACGACUACCGGACCUCUGCAUCCAUUGACGAGAUUAAAAAAGACUAUCCAAACAUCACGGGGGCCCUGGACUGCUUUUCCGAGGGCACUUCUGCCGCCUUCUGUGCGGACGUGUUACGAGAGGGCAAGGUGGUUACACUGCUUGACCAAGGGACGCCGAAGAAGGCAAAUGUAAGCUACAGUUUCCUCAUGGUUUAUACUGCGCUCGGCCGUGAGUUCCAAAUUCUGGCGCCCCUUGGCCCAGUGUUCCCGGUAAGGCCAGCAGACCGCGAGGUCAUCACCCAGUUUUAUGGUCACUUACCCACCUUGUUGAGCCUUGGUGUUGUGAGGCCUCCAGCCAUCACAACGACCAAGGGUGGAUUCGAUGAGAUAUUUGAAGGCCUACAAACACUCCGCAACGGAGAAGCUCGAGGCACAAAACUAGUCGUUGAGUUUCAAUGAUUGACAGCCUGUACUUCUCACUCCCGUCUUUGCCUGUCUUGUUAUUUCCGAGCUGUGAUUCCUGGGUCUGCAUUUAUCUUUAUCGUCGACGUCAGUACUCUUGUUGAUCUCCUCUAAAUGUGUAAUAUGGUAUUUGUAUAGAUAAUCAUAUAACUAGGUGCCAAGUCCAGCACUCAGCUUUCCAUUUAACACCCCAUUAAGUCGCC